GGCAAAUAUUUCAAUAUGGAUUCCCUCUCUAGAGAAAGUACACUGAAACAAUGCAUUGAUCGUUACAUGUUGUGAAUAAAACUUGAUUGCCUCAUUCCCAUACAAAUACGGCAAGAUGCCAGGAAGACGAGAAUCAAAAGGUUCUCCCCGCUCAAGAGAGGGAAGCCUAGCCUUCAGUAAACAGAACACUGACAUGGUCAGUUAUGAGGAUCUCUUGAUCGCACAGUAUCUGGACGAACUCAGAAAAACCAAGAACAGCAUGAAGAAAAGGAGAGAAGUACCAGCCUCACCCUACUCCCAGAAGCUCCCUCAUUCUGAUUUUGGUAUGUCCAAUCGGAGACCAAUCUCUGCCACUGUCCCGGGAUGCCCCAGCUCAGGGAGACCAAGUUCUGGUGCCAGGAAACCAAAGAUUGAUUCCAAAUUUAUUGCUGACCCAAAUCUUUGGGACCCUGCAACUCCAAGAUCAGAAAGUACCACCUCUACAUCACAGCCAAGGAAAGGGAGACCAGCCUCAGCUCCUGUGCGGAGAAAAACAAAUCGCCCAUUUUCAGCUACAUCUAACCUGUCUUGGUUCUACAGAAAUAAUACAAGAGGAUGGUCAGCCAGAUCUACCCCUUACUCAGCAUGCUCAGAUUGUGUUGGAUAUGUUGACAUGACAAGAAGUGCUUUUACUGGAAGAAGAAUUAAGUCCCAGUAUUUGAACAAACCCUACACAAUCAGAUGUCUAGCCUUCAAGAAUGGCAGCCGUGAAAACAUGUGUCGAGUAGCCGCCCCAUCAAUGAAAGUGUUUCUGGAGAUGUGCACUGAGAGAUUAGGUCUGGGGUUCGCCGCCAGACGAGUGUUUUUGGACAAUGGAAAGGAAAUUUUUGAAGCCUACGAAAUUCCUCCAGAUUCAGAAGUGUACAUUUCAACUGGAGAUAAUUUUAAGGACCCAUACAAAAGUGUAAAGCAAAACAUAGCUAUAACUAACGGGGCUAAGUGGACAUUGUCUGGAGUGCUUCUACCAGAGGAGGGCAGAAAGAAGAAGACCAAAUGUAGAGUGUCUAAAAGAAUGAGGGGCCUUCUGGAGAGUAACAGAUACAGGAUCGUCGUGUACAGGAAUGGCUACGCCACAGAACCAAUGGAGAUCGUGGCUGAUAUGAGCAACAAAGAGGAGUUCUUGAUAGCUUGUACUGCCAAGCUAGGACUAACAACUCAUGCCAAAGUCCUGUAUGACUGGGAAGGAAAUGAAAUCAAAGAUUUGAAGGAUGCUCCGUUGUUACAUGAAGCAGUACAGGAAGGGAAUUCCCCUAUUUAUGGUCCCCUGUGGGUGUCUAUUGGAGAGGCCUUUAGCCCCACAGGUACUGUUCACUUUAUCAAGUACCUGAAACGUACCAUUAGGGGACAGCUGAAAGAGGCAGUAAAGUACAAAAAAGAGGUGAAUUAUGCAUUAGGGGAUGAGAAAGAUAAAGUGACUAUUACUGACAUUCUGAGCAUGCCUGAGGAUGAGCUGUACACCACACUAGAGUUGGCAGAGCAGGAAGUGGAGAAUCUGACAGAAAGUUUGCGGGACAUUGAGGACAAACUCCAGAAAAUCAUGGAACUUCAGCAGGUAGAGGAGAGUGAAGGAUCCCACUACAGAAUGAAGCAUAUCAAGGAAUGGGAGUUUGAGCACCGCCUGGUGGGAAGAAAAGGCCUUAGACUCAAGGUGUAUGAGAAUGGGAGUUAUGAGAAUGACCAGGUGUUCUACUUUAAUCUCGCUGGUGCAUUACGAGGCACAAACGACAAAGGAAAGAUCCUCACAAGGCUGUUUGACGAUCUGUCGACUAACCAUGUGACUGCCAAUCCACACAAUCCUAAAAUUGCUCCCGUGGUCAAGAAAAUCUUUGACCAGUAUGGGAAAGAGAUCACUAAUGUCUACGACCUUGAGUACGAUCAGGAGAUCUGGGUGUCUUUUGGAGAACCAUUUAUCAACCCAUUCACAUACUGCAUCCAGGCCAUGUUUGAGAAGGCUACAGCUUACAUGAUGGAAGGUGAGACGUUCAUCAUCAGGGAACCACUGAACAUGGAACUUACCAAGAACCGAGAAACGCACACUGCCUGGGAGGCCACUGUGGGGUACCCAGCCUACGAUUACGAGCAGGCCUCCUCCCCGGAAUCCCAGUCACAUGUUCAGGACUUGGCUCGUAUGGCUCGCAUUGAUGCCAGGAGCACAUUCCUACAAGCCAAGAAUAAUGAAAAAAUUGUUCUGUACCCAGAAGUGAACUGUUUCAAAAAAGUGAAGAAAGGAGGUCAAACCAAACUUUGGCCUCAGGAGGCUCAAGUCUGGACCAUUCAGAAGAAUGGCUACAUCAGGUGUAAGUCUGUACCCCAGCUUUGUCUUGGAGUAUCAGACACUAGGGUAGAUUUGACCUUGGGUAAUGACACAGUGUCUGGGUUUGUUGUAAACAUUCAGAAGAAAGCUUCAGGCAACACCUACCAACAGUGGCAGUUUAAUCCAGAUGCCACUAUCACAUGCCUGGCUCACCCUAACCUAGUUCUGACUUACAAUGGGAAUCACCUUGGGGACGAGGAAAAUCAGCAGCCGGAGGGGAUCUUACCGGGACAGUCGGUGUAUCUGGUCGUCACCGAGAGAAGACAGAAGAAGGAGGCAUCUAAUCAGAGAUUUGCCCUGAAGCAGGAGAGAUUUGAUAACCUGGGACAGUGGAAGUACAAUGACGCCACAAACAUGGAGUGGAACAAGAAAGCUCUGUCCUGGCCAGUAAAGGAGGAUGGAAAUCUGAACGAGGACUAUGACUGGCCAAUGGAGGGAUAUCUUCUACCAAAAGCUCCUCCCCUACACAAGCCACUGUCCAAACUCGGAAUCUCUGGUAUGGCUCCUUUAAGACUCAUGACAAUGAAGAAUGGAGAGAGAGACACCAGACUAGCUAUGCCUGUGGUUGGCCCAAAUCUGACAAAUAUGUUGAAGGACUUGAACAAGGAGAAAGGAGGUAAAUCUGGUAAGAAGGCCCAGCACUCAAAGCUUGUGGAGAAGGACGUCGCUGUACCCGAAACAGACAACGUGGAGGAAGACAUCAACCUUCACUGUGUGGACAGAACCGUCAGGGAACUGGAAUUCAUCAUGUUUUUGGACAACUGUACGAGCCUGCUUAACUUGCCGUUUGCUGCCAGACGACUUUUUGACAGUAAGGGAAACGAGCACUUCAGUCUAGUCAACCUGAGGAGGGACGACCUAGUUUAUGUGUCCUGUGGGGAGGGGUGGAUGGACCCCAAACUGUCCAAAGAUCAGCAACAGAGGCGCAUUCUGUUGUCACAACUCUCUCAAGAUAUUGCCAAAAUCAGACAGUACAUUUCACUCCGCAAUCCAGAGAAGUAUGUACUGGAGAUGGAGGGUAACUUGGUGGCCAAUACACGGAUCAUCAUUAACCGUCAGUGGAAUGUUGAGGAGGAGCAGCCCCUCCCCCGCCGUCCCCCACCCACAGAACGCGACAGUCAGAACCUGCGGGAAUCCAGGGCAUCCAUGUUCGCUGAGGAGGAGGAAGAAAACAUGACCUGUCAUGAGAUUGCCCACAGAAGAUCUGAACAGAGGUUGAACAACUUAAAAUGGCCGUGGGAGAGACUUAUCAACGUCAGUCAGGAUGAGGGAUCAGAGGAUCCAGACGCCUAUAAGUUCACAGACAAGGAGAUGUAUGACAAAUACAAGCCCCAGCCCAUCCCUAAGAUAUCUCGAGACACCCUUCAGAGAUUUGUGUAUGAGGAUGGGUACAUCGCCUGUGCAGCUAACCGAACUCUAGUGCUGGGUGUAUUAGAACAGGAGGGGCGAGUUAACCCAGUCUUACUGGUAAAACGAAGACCAGAUGACAUCAAUCAGAGAUGGGUCAUCAGAGAGAAUGGGGAAAUACGCUCCAAGCACAGCUCACAAAUGGUCCUAACUGUUGCCAUGCCAGCAAAUGAACCUUUCUCUGAGGAUGAGGAAGGUCGACCUUUGACCUUCAGUGGCUGCGCCGUGACCUUGCAGGCCAGGAAGCUAAAUAUAUAUGGCAAGGCACAUCAGAAAUGGAGAUAUGACGCAGAGACUGGAUACAUACACGCUUUCUUUACCAAUCCUUAUGAUAAAGAGAUAACUGCCGCCAACCAUGCUGACAUUUGUACUUAUGCUAUUUCACAUGACAGCAAAAUUGAUCAACCAGGCUACCUAGCAGAAGUUCCAGUUCAGUCCACUUCUGACAGAGUCUCUGUAAAGAAUAUGACAGUCUGUACUUCCUGUGCCCGCGCCAUGAGGGGGCGCUACAAGCUGCAGAAAUUACCAGAGAGAACAGAAUUUUCUUGUGCAAUGGGAGAAGCAAAGAAGCUUAAACUACAGCAAAUAGGAAGCUUCCGCGUUUUGAAUGGAAAGGUUGACUUGUCAACACACGAGGCUGAUCUCACCUUGGAGACGUGGGAAGAUACCCUCGGAAAACUGAGAGAGGAAGCCAGUGUCAAGACCAUCGCGAAGGAAAUUAACGCUGCCAAGACGGUCAAAACCAUCAAAAUCCUGGCCUACAAGAAUGGAGAGGGACGCAUGCACCAAGGGGAGCUUAUCUGUGGUUCCAGUAUAGAAGGGAUUCUGAACCAGUGUACACACAAGCUAGGCCUGGCCUCGGCAGCCAGGAAGAUCUUUACGGAGGACGGGACUCUGGUGCUGGAGAUAGACGACCUGAUUGACUGGGCCGUGGAGAACUACAAGUCACUGAUGGUGGAUCAACUGGAGAGAAUCCUACACGGAAAGGAGGAGUCCAACGUGGAAGACGAGGAGGAAGGAGAUACCAAGCAGCCCAGUCAACAGAGCAAUGGGGCCCCAGGGGGAGGGGAAGCUGAGCAGCGGGGUGAAGGAGAGGGACAGGACAGUACAGCCGAGGGGGCAGGAGGAGACAAUGCUGAAGUGGAUCAGCAAGAGCAGACCAAGGUUCAGGGGGAGAGAGAUCAGCUUCUGAGUCAGGUUCAAAUCCCUCCUGUUGACGUUAUCCUCAGAUAUCCAAUCGAGGUCUGGGUUUCUUCAGGCCAGGAGUUCUUCCCCCCUGAAAAGGUGGAGACUAAAAUGGAGAAUCGUAAGAAGAGACGUGCUUUCCGAUCAGCUGUGUCUCUGGAGCUAGAUAUGGAAAAGCACAUCCUAAGGCAAAUGAAAGGACGUAGAAUAGAGUCCCAGAAUCCUGGGGAGUAUAAGCCUACUCGCAGUAGUCGGCAGCCCGUCAUUGUGGAGAACAACUGGCAGGAACCCACCGUAGCGGAGGAACUGAAGCACGACACAAUACACAAACUGGAGACUCACCUGGCAGAGGUCAAGGCCGUCCAGAAAGAGAAGAUCCGCACAGUCAAUGUCAACACAAACAGACGCCUGUACCAACAACCAGACAUGAAACGAGUGAUGGUGUUCCCUAAUGGGGAGAGUGUAGAGAGAGCAGUUUAUGUGUGGGGAGAGACACUAGAGGAAAUUCUGGACAAUGCCACCAUUAAACUGUCACUAUGGGGACAAGCCAGGAUUAUAUACAAUAUGGAGGGCAAGAAGGUGGAGAAAUUCGAUGAAAUCAACAAGGAUGAAUUGCUUUGUGUUUCUAUGGGGAAAUCCUUCAGCAAGCCCAAGAAUGCACUCGAUGGAAUUGAGAUUAAGGCAAACUGGGGUCGAGCCCGGAAGCAGUAUGGACCUAGUGCUACAGAUUUAGUGGUGUCUGCUCCGGUUAACCCCACAGUCAAUGUUGAUCCAUUUGGACCACCAGGACUUGCUCUUCCACCAGCAGAAGACAACAAAUCUACCACAACAAACAGACCACAGUCUGCUAAACCACCAGCAACAUGAGUUAGCAACACUAGCAACAUGAGUUAGCAACACCAGCAAUCACAUGUGCAACUUCUAGAAAAUGCAUAAACUUUAUAGUGCUUGAUAGAAGCUUGUAGAGACCUACCUUUGUUCUGUUUCCCAAUGUUAGGACCCUCUGUCAUAAGCUUUAAAGGAUUGUAGAAUAUAUAAUGGUUUCCAAUCAUCGAAUAAGAAGUUCUCAAAGAGCUGAAAUUCCGGCAUGGACUUGAUGUAGAGUUUAUGAACAGUGUAUGACAUGUUCAUUUCUGACAACCAUGAUGUGUUGACAGAACCUUGACCCCAUCCAUUUGUGCCACUAGUACUUAGGGCAGUUGGUGCCUUAACGUGUCCUUGUUCUUUGUUUUCCAAUCCUUAGAUUUAUCUGCAGCAUUUUUUGUACUUAGUAUACAUGUAUGUAGGGGUUGUUGUUUAUGUAUGACAUUGAUAAACUACAUGUAUCUUCAUUCAGAGCUUUAAAACCAAUUUGUUAUGGUUUGUCCAACAAAAAGACAUGGAAGGUUGUAAGACCAGAGCACAAGAUAUAUGACAGAAGAAAAAAUGAAUAUCAGGGUACUAAUAACGCAUAUCAACAUGUGCUUAUUUAUGUGAUAAUUUCAAUGCAUUUGUUUUAUGUGUAAAUUUUGUUUUAAGCAUUUGUUUUGAAAUUAAUACAUUAUUAUUUUAUAGCAUUAAUUUAUUAAUUUUUUUUAUGAAAAAUUGUCAUUUUGUCUGAACAUUUCCAAGCAUUUUAAAAAGAAAGUAAGACGGUAAAGUUUAUAUGUACAUCUUUAAAUUUAUAAACAGUAUGAAUGAGAUGAUUAGAAGGAAUUUUCUUGCAUUUGUAAUUACAUUCAGGAAAUGUUCAUGCUUCGUUUCAAGAGGGAUUUGGAUCAAAAAGACAUUGGAAUGAUUUACAUAAUGAUAAAUGAAGAAAGAUUUUUAUGAUGCAAUUAGUCUCAUUGCUUAUUUAGUGAAUACUCAAGAGUUUAGUGUUGAUUUAUAAGGAGAUCCAUUUAUAGCUUGACUACACAUUGAUCUAACUAGCAGGAGAAUCUGUCUCUUUUUACACAAGGGUUUCUUGGUUGUGAUUUUAGAUAUUUUCUAAUUUUAUAACAAUUGUUUGUAAUAACUACAGUGUACUUUGAUUAUUGGGACAUUUUUUUUGCACUUGUUAUCUGCACUUUUUUGCACCAUAGCUUUAAAAUUAUAACAGAUAAAAGAUAUAGGGGCAUUUAUGAACAACUACAAUGGUUUUAUAAAAAAUAUAUUUAUUAUGUAUAGAUCUGGGUUUUUUUUUUUUAGAUAUUUAUCUUUACUAUUGUAUUUUUAUAUCAUAAGUAUUGUACACUUUUAUUGUCCGUCCAUUCCAGUUCAGAAAUGUUACAUAAGAACUGUAAAUCUAUCAAGUUUCUGCCCGUCCUAUAAAAUUAUUGUAUCCCUGUUAUAAGCUAGAAAUUUUUUUCUGUAACUUUGUGCAUUUUAAAUUUUUUGGCCCUGAGGGCUAAUUUAUACAUGGAUAUUGAAAAGGGAAAAUAAAUAGAUAGAGGAAUA